AUGCGUUCCUACAGCCCGCCGCUGCGACCGAAGGCCCUCAUCCUGGAGGCAAACACGCACUUCCCGCCGCCCUACAAGUUCAGUCUGGUCAGCAGCCCAAAGAACUUGUCGAUCUCCGCGAACAUCGCCCGCAUCCAGAGGGGGUUGUUCGGGUGUUCUCUGAGCUACCAGGUGUCCUUCCUCAUGGCCUUCGGCUACUGGCUGGUCAGCUUCACCCACAAGGACGCGCUUUUCCUGCAGCAGGACUUGGCCCGGGCCGUCGGUUUCACCGCCCCCAUCCAUGGACGAGUUCUCCGCAUUCAUGGCCUCGCCCGUGAUGAUCAGCCAGGACAUGUUGACGCCUCGUAA